AUGGAAAAAAGUGGCUUUAAAAAAUCGGGAUUUACCAUAGAAAUUCAAGAAACGGAAAACGACCAGUUGAAUAUUGAAUCAAUACAAUGGAAUUCCCUGCCAACUCAAGAGAAUGUAUCUUUCACUGAUUAUGUCAAUGUAGAUGAAGAUGUUGUUGUAUGGGGAGUCCUCUCUGACGCCGAAAUUUUGGAAAAUACCUUAAGCUUUGAUGAAGACAACGAAGAUGACACAAGUCCUCUACCUCUUGUGACUUUAAAAGAAGCCAGUUCAUCUUUGGAAAAAUUACGAAAUUUUUCGCUCCAGUCAGAAAUCACUGUUGAGGUUUUUGAUGCUUCAUUUACUAUAGAAAAUACCAUUGAAAAAAUAAAACUAAAUUCAAUGAAGCAGAAAACAAUUAAUGAUUUUUUCAAAAAAUAA